GAUGCUGCUUCCCUGCUGCUGGAGGCCGCUUCUUCUGGCCUACAGCUGGAUGCUGUCGUGGUGGCUGCCGCCACGUCCACGGACUCUACCCAGAGGUGGCAAGCAGCGUGCGCACUUCUGGAGGGUGCCUGUGGCAGACGGCUAAGAUGCGACCUGGCUCUGCUUCGCACGUCCAUCUCGGCGGUUGGCGCAGGUUGGCUCUGGCAGCGCGCCCUGGGCCGAUUCUGCGCCGACGCCGCGCUUUCAAAGGACGACCUCGCUUUGGAAGCCGCCCUCCGCCCCUGCCAG